UUUAAUCCAAAAAAUCAGAAAAAGUUGAGAACUUUUUUUAUUAAAUUUUCAAAAUUGUUUCGAAAUUUCCUAUUUCUUUUUCUUCUUCUAUCUGGUGGCUUCUUUGUUUUCCUUAUUUUCUCUGCAUAAUAACUCUCUCUUUGUCCCAUUCUCUCCAAAGCUUCCCAUUUUCUUUCUUCAUUUGAAGCAGCUAUGUCUUUUAGAGGAGGAAAUGCAUCAUCUGGCAUGGGAGUGGCUGAACACUGCAAAAGCACGUACCUAGAACUGCAAAGGAAGAAGUUGUUCCGAUACGUGAUCUUUAAGAUUGAUGAGAAGAAAAAGGAGGUUGUAGUUGAAAAGACUGGAGGUCAAGCUGAGAGCUAUGAUGAUUUCACUGCCUCAUUGCCUGAGAAUGAUUGCAGAUAUGCAGUUUAUGACUUUGAUUUUGUUACUUCUGAGAACUGCCAGAAGAGCAAGAUCUUUUUUAUUGCAUGGUCUCCUUCUGUUUCUAGGAUCCGUGCCAAGAUGCUCUAUGCAACAUCCAAGGACAGGUUCAGAAGGGAAUUGGAGGGCAUUCAUUAUGAAAUCCAGGCAACUGACCCAACCGAGAUGGAUCUUGAGGUGAUUAAGGAGCGAGCACAUUAAGCAUUCACUGCAUCUAUGGCUUUCGCAUGCUUAGGAAACUCCCUAGAGUUGCUUUUAGGAUCGUUUCCUGGUUCAAUUAGUUGCUGAAUUAAGUGCAGUUAUCUGCCUCUGACAGUACAUAUAUUGUGAUUGUUAAAUAACAACUGCGAAGUCUGAUUAGGAGCUCAACGGUUCAAACAUCUGAGGUGUUUUGGGUCGUUGGGCUCCUCGUUGCCAUGAUGCUUCGCAAGUGAGAUGGGUGUGAUUAUGGAUAUUGGACCCCUAUUAAUAGAAUGGUAUUUCAAUCA